UUCUCUUUCGCCUGUUUUGUGUUGCAGAGCAUGGGCAUCAACUGAGGAACGCGCUCUUUGAACUCACGAUGGAGCCUUCCUUGCCUGCCGUGUUUGCCCAAAGGCACUACGUAGGCGGCUACGACCGGACUGUAAAGGCACACCGUGAAGGAACUUUUCGUAAACUACUUGAAGGAGACUGGCAAACGAAACAAGCUUCAUCAUAUGAUUAUGAUCUGAUUGUCAUUGGAGGAGGUUCCGGUGGACUGGCAGCUUCAAAGGAAGCAGCCAAACUUGGCAAGAAUGUAUUGGUUCUGGAUUUUGUCGUCCCUACUCCAAUAGGAACAACUUGGGGUAUGAAGAAAUACCACAUCGGGCUGCGCUGA